AUGGGUUUCUCUGAGGGCAACGCUAAGAACGGCGCUAAGCUGUUCAAGACUCGAUGCGAACAGUGCCAUACCGUCGCGGCUGGUGGCGGCAACAAGAUCGGCCCUGCUCUGCACGGCCUUUUCGGCCGCAAGACCGGCUCCGUCGACGGCUACGCUUACACCGACGCCAACAAGCAGAAGGGCAUCACAUGGGACGAGAACACCCUGUUCGAGUACCUUGAGAACCCCAAGAAGUAUAUCCCCGGCACCAAGAUGGCCUUCGGUGGCCUCAAGAAGGAGAAGGACCGAAACGACCUGAUCACUUACCUCAAGGAGUCCACCAAAUAA